AGUUUUAGGUUUUUAUUUAAGUUAUGCUAAGUGACUUAUAGAUAAAUCAUAUUACAAUACUGUAACUGAAGUAAAUAAGAUAAGAAAUUUCAAAAAAGGUCAAUUUUGGUUCUUCUAUUGUGAAAUUUGUUAAAAUUUUAUGCAUGCAUAUUAUCAUUUUUCAUUAGUAAUCGUCCAUACGUACAAACAGUAUUAAAACAUGUCUUUGAAAACUUUAUCCACUUAUUUAUUAAAAGCAAAAUCAUCACAAAACCAUGUAUCGAGAUUAUUUAGCCUACACAAAUUAUCUGAUGAGCAUUUAAUGCUUCAAAAAACAUGCAAGGAUUUUGUAGAGGCUGAACUUAAGCCAAUUGCUGCCCAGCUUGAUAAAGAACACAAAUUUCCAGCAGAACAGAUAAAAAAAAUGGGUGAAUUGGGUCUUUUAUCCAUAAACGUGGAUGAAAAAUGGGGUGGAGCCGGACAGGACAUGUUAUCUACAGCGGUGGCUGUAGAAGAAAUCGCACGAGGCUGUGGUGGUUCUGGCACCAUUGUAUCUGUCCAUAAUUGUUUGUAUGUUAAUUUAUUAAAUAGAUGUGGUACCGAUAAACAAAAGGAACAAUUUUUGAAGCCCUUUACUAGCGGCACACUGGGAUGUUUUGCUCUUAGUGAACCAGAUGCUGGUAGUGAUGUAGGUGGUAUGUCCACCACGGCCGUCCUAGACGGUGAUAAUUACAUUUUAAACGGUACUAAAUCGUGGGUAACCAGCGGUACCGAGGGAAAAGCCGCCAUUGUUUUCGCCACCAUCGACAAAUCCCUGAAACACAGGGGAAUCACAGGGUUCAUUAUUCCAAUGCCUACUGCCGGUCUAUCGUUGGGCAAGUUGGAAGAUAAAUUAGGAAUUAGGGCGUCGCCAACUUGUAAUUUGAUUUUGGAAGAUGUUAAAGUACCUAAAGAGAAUUUGUUAGGACGCCCUGGUGAAGGUUUCAAAAUCGCCAUGCAACAGCUCGACAAGGCGCGCGUGGGGAUCGCCGCCCAGGCUCUGGGCAUCGCCCAAGCGGCCCUGGAAGUAGCCGUAGCCUACGCAGGCCAACGCAAAGCUUUCGGCCAGCCGAUCAACCAACUGCAAGCCGUCAAACUGCGUCUCGCCGACAUGGCCUUGAAACUGGAAUCGGCCCGCCUGCUCGUCUGGCGCGCGGCUGCGCUCUGCGACCAACCGGAACGCUCGACGAAGGGAUCGUCCAUGGCGAAGUUGGCCGCGAGCGAGGCGGCCACCUUUGUUUCGCACAGCGCCAUCCAGAUUUUGGGAGGCAUGGGUUACGUCAGCGAUAUGCCGGCCGAGAGGCAUUACAGGGAUGCCAGGAUCACCGAGAUUUAUGCCGGGAUCAAUGAUAUUCAGAGGUUGUUGAUCGGGGAUCUAAUUGUUAAGGAGUACGAAUAAGUUUGGGAUGGUGGGAUUGUUAUGUUAUGUAGGUAUUGAACUUUAUACAGAAACUUUAUUUUUAUAAGCAUACAUUUCAAUAUACAAUCAAUUAUAUUUUUAUACUUUUGGUUUCAUUUAUUAUAACUUUUAAUAAAAAUACUGCUAAGUAGGUAGGUACUAAAAAAUCAACUACAACAGUUAAUAUUUUAUAUGAUAAGUUCAUUUAGUAUCGCAAGAAUCAAAAAGACCCUUCUUUCUUUGGCGCUCAAAUUCUUUUUCAAUGUCGUAUGUC